CAGGAAUCAAACGCAUCAAAUGGUGACCGUUGUUAAGUCCCACUUUAAUGUGUGUGCUUGUCCUUAAUACUUUGUCUUGGCACAGAAUAGUCAUUACAACUAUUAGCAAGCAACUUCAGGUUCCGUUUGAGGCUUUAAAAAAAUCAAUUAGCUUUACCUUUCUUAAGCGGCGCAGGAGACAUUCAGUUCCGACACAACAUACUUUCUCAAGAACAAGCCAAGGCUCACCAGUAAGGUUUCGGGUGAGACUUGAAAACACAAGUCCUGGACAGUUAUGCGGUUUUUCCCACCCCGCCUGCAAAGCAAAACGAAACCCGGAGGUGUAAUAAAGCCCAAUCCUUCGACAUCUUUCGUGAGACUGAUUCUGGGAGGCGUAGAGGGGCUUGGCACCCGGCACCCAACCGGACCGUCCGCGUCCUCCCCAGCCUCCGACGGAGGAGCGCGUACAUCUGGGACGUACACAUCCAAACACCGGACCUCACUGCUCGCCUCGGGCUCCGCCGGGACCACCAGCCAGUCGAAGCCAAGGCGGCGGCGUCCUCCCUUAGGGAUAGGGUCCCUCAGCGAAGCUCCAGGGCGGGAUUGGCCUCGGUGCAGUCUGGAAAGCCCGCACCCUGGCUCAGCGUGCUUACUCCCACCGGCACCGGGAGGGCGGCACCCAGGGGCGGAGUCUGCGCACGCCCCUCCGGGUGGAGCGCGCCAGGCUGCUGACUUGAGUAAACCAAUAGAUAAAAGGAUAUACAAAGGAACGCAGCCUACUUGCCAUGACUUCAACCACCUAACAGCCACAGCAGAGAGCGUCUCUCUCCUAGUGGGCUUCUCGGCAGGCCAAGUCCAGCUUAUAGACCCAAUCAAGAAAGAAACCAGCAAGCUAUUUAAUGAGGAAGGCUUGUUGUCAUCCCCAAACCAGGCCAGUUCUCCAGGUGGGACUGUAGUGUAGCAGGUGCACUGCUGCUCCCAGGCUCCCCCGACAUGCGUGGACUGAGGGAGUGACAGACGACAACGGAGCCAUGAGCUGCGCUGGAGCCACAGGCAGGCGGCAGGCAGCAGGCAGCAGCGGCCUGCAGGGCUGUGUGGAGCUGCUAAACCCAAAGAGUUGUUUCCAUUUUUAAGUCAGACUGUUGGGGCUGCAGUAAAAACUGAGAAAUGGAGUUUUCUUGCUUUUUACUCUAAAAUUCAAUGUAACUAAAUCCAUAUAUAUAUAUAUAAUAUAUAUACAUAUACAUAUAUACAUAGUGUAAAGUAAAAUGUUUCUUGAACAGGAACCUUAAAUGGAGCUGUAGUAAAUAGCACUUGGCUCUGGUUUUGCACUGAUGUGUUUUAUACUUUAGGUGGUCAUUAGACAGCCUGGGAUGCACUCAUGGAGACAGUUGUCACCUCUAACUUAAACACGUGCUGUGGACAGACAGAUGCUGCAGUCAUAGACUUAAAACAUUGUUUGCACUUAAAAUAGUUUAAUGCUAAUAGAAAAUGACUUUGAAAUGGGGUAGUGGGCUCCCAGCCUCCACAAUAUGGAGUGGACGCCCUUUUUAUCUGUUAACAUUUAUUUUAGUACUGUUGUUUCCGAUGCAAUCAAGUCUGUAUUAUAUGUGUAAAUAAUGUAAUUCUGAAAUGGGGGAAAUAGUCAUCCCCACUAGUAAUUUUCAUCAUUUAAGAGUGAUAUUUCUAAUUCACAAAAUUAAUAUUAAAAUUAUCUUGAAUAUA